AUGGGAUCAAUAGUUAAGUUUACAGCAUUAUCAGGAGGUGACAAUGAAAAGCCUCCUUGCUAUUUAUUAGAGAUUGAUGAUUUUUGUAUACUUUUGGAUUGUGGUCUGAGCUAUGACUUGGAUUUCUCAUUGUUAGAACCAUUAAAAAAGUAUGCAGAUAAAAUUGAUGCAGUUUUAUUAUCAAAUUCAGAUUUAUUACAUAUAGGUGGAUUACCAUAUGCAGUUGGUAAAUUAGGAUUAACAGGUACAAUUUAUGGAACUACACCAGUAUUGAAAAUGGGUACAAUGUUUUUAUAUGAUUUAUAUGAGAAUAAAAUGGCGCAGGAAGAAUUUGAUCAGUUUAAUUUGGAUAAUGUAGAUGCAUGUUUUGGUGAAGAUAGAUUUAAAGAACUUAGUUUUUCGCAGCACUAUUUAUUGCAAGGCAAAGGAAAGGGUAUAUCGAUAACACCCUAUUUAGCAGGUCAUAUGGUUGGUAGCUCGGUAUGGAGAAUCACAAAAGGAACCUAUUCAAUUAUAUAUGCAUUGGACUUUAAUCAUAGAAAUGAGGGCCAUUUAGAUAGUUUACAAUUAACAAGUGAUAUUUUAAAGCCAUCAUUACUUAUUACCGAUUCAAAGGGUGUAGAUAGAACAUUACCAUAUAAAAAGAUAGCGACUCGUGACCAAGCAUUAUUGGAGAAAAUUCAUAAUAGUCUUAGAGCUGGAGGUAACGUCUUAUUACCUGUCGAUACUGCUGGUAGAGUUUUGGAACUUUUACUUUGUAUAGAAAAUUAUUGGGUCAAAAAUCGUCUUAGUCUUUAUACAGUUGGCUUUUUAGGUCGUUUUUCAUUUAAUGUAUGUCAGUUUGCAAAAUCACAAUUAGAAUUUAUGAGUUCGAGUGCAUCAGUACGUUUCGAACAAAAAAUCGACAAUCCAUUCACAUUUAGACAAAUUAAAAUAUUUUCAACUUUAGAAGAGAUACCAGAGACUAAUACACCAAAAGUAAUUUUAACAAGUUCACAAGAUUUAGAGACUGGCUAUUCAAGAGAUCUUUUUAUAAAAUGGUCAUCAGAUCCAAAGAAUUUAAUUUUAUUCACAAAUUAUAUACCAGAAGGAAGUUUAGCAUCAAAAGUAAUUAACAUUGCAUCCAAUAAAUCAAGUGGCUCAAAUAAAACCAUUGAAAUUCAACAGGGUUCAAGAGUACCGUUACAGGGUGAGGAGUUAUUAGAAUAUGAACAAAGAAUUGCCAAAGAAAAAGAAGAAAAACUUUUAGAACAAUUAAAAAAAGAGCAAGAAGAGCAAGAAGAGCGUGAGCGUUUAGAAAUGGAAGAAAAAGGUAUGAACCUUGAUGACAAUAAUGACGAAAUAAUGAUUACAAAUGGUGUCAAUGAACCAUCAUUACCAAAUGGAACAAUUAUCAAUGACUCAUUAUCAAACUUUAAAAACCCAUUCGAAAAUAAAUAUGACUUGUCAAGAGGCCAAUUUAGAAGAGAGGGUAUGGUUGCAAUGUUCCCAUACUACGAAAAGCAUGUUAAAUGGGGUGACUAUGGUGAAGAGGAUGAGGAGUUUAUCGAAAAGAAUCAAAAUCAAAAGGUUGAGGAGGUAGCAAUGGAAGAGGAUGAAGAAAAUGAACAAGAGGUUCCAAAAAAGAUUGUUGUUACAACUCAUCAAUGCGAAGUUAAUUGUAAAGUUGAUACCAUAGAUUAUGAAGGUAUUUCUGAUGGUAGAUCUAUUAAAACUAUCAUUCAACAAAUUGCUCCUACAAAUUUAGUUUUAAUUAGAGGUAAAAAAGAUCAAUCGAAAAAUAUAGAAAAUUAUGUUAAGGAGAAUAUGAGAACUAAAGGUAUCUUUUCUCCAGCAAUUAAUGAAGAGUUGGACUUAACAUCCGGUACAAAUGUUUAUGAAUUAGUUUUAAGAGAUACUUUAGUAAAUACAUUAAAACCAUCAAAGAUUUUAGAUUGCGAAGUGUCAUUUAUUCAAGGUAAAGUGGAAUAUAAUCCAGAAAACAAUUCAUCCUAUUUAGAUAUUAUACCCAGCGAACAAAAUAAUGGCCAUGAUGAAUCGUUUAUUGGUGAUAUUAAAUUAGCAGAUUUAAAACAAGUUUUAGUAAAAGCUGGUAUCAAAAAAGUUCAGUUCGAUCAAGGUAUUAUUAAUUGCAACGAUUUGGUAUAUAUUUGGAGAGAAGAUGUCGGUGGAAAUUCAAUAAUUAAUGUUGACGGUAUAAUAUCUGAUGAAUAUUAUCUUGUAAAAGAACUUUUAUACAGACAAUUCCAAAUAGUUUAA